AUGGCAUCACUCGUACGAGUCCUCUCACACGCGGUCAACAAACCAUACCGAACAAAGCAAUUAGACCAUAGCGUUCCUUACAUUAACGAAAAUGGCUACAUCGAUUUCAGCCCAGAUGAUAUUGAGAAUCCGCGCAAUUGGUCGAUGCGCCGUCGGGCAGGGAUCACCAUCAGUGCUGUUAUGAUGGUCAUGAAUGCGACCUUUGCGUCCAGUGCCCCGAGUGGCUGCUUCACCUCCAUUUCUGAACACUUCCAGAUCUCAACUGAGGUAGCGGGUCUAACAAUAACAGUCUUCCUACUGGGCUACUGCGCAGGUCCGCUCUUCUUCGCUCCGUUGAGUGAAUUCUACGGUCGCAGAUGGAUCUUCUAUAUCAGUUUCUUGCUCUACCUCAUAUUCAACUUUCUCUGUGCUUUCGCACCUAAUCUCGGUGCUCUGCUGGUGGGCCGUUUUUUAACUGGUACUUUUGUCUCAGCACCCCUGAGUAAUUGUCCAGGUGUCCUUGCCGAUCUGUGGAACCCGUUACAACGCGCUAAUGCCAUGGCCGGUUUCUCGGCUAUGGUUUGGAUUGGUCCUGCAUUGGGUCCUGUCGUCGCAGGUUUUCUGGAGUUAAAAGAGGAUUGGCGGUGGAGCUUCUAUGUGCUUCUUUGGCUGGGAGCUGGAACAGCAGUCGUAAUGUUUACCAUUCCGGAGACUUAUGCCCCUAUCGUUCUACAUAACAAGGCAAAGCGGAUUCGCAAGGCUCAGAUUCCCGGGUAUGAGAAUGUCAAGGCUCAAGUGGAGGAUAGUGAUCGGUCACUGUUUGCGAUCUAUAAGAUUGCGUUGACGCGUCCAUGGAUCAUCUUGCUUGAUCCUAUCUCAUUCCUCUGUGCCAUUUACAUGUCUGUUGUAUAUACCCUGCUUUACAUGCUCUUCACCAUUUACCCCAUAGUCUUCCAGGAGAAGCGUGGUUGGAACUCGGGUGUUGGCGAGCUACCCCUACUUGGAACGAUUGUUGGUGCUCUGAUAGGUGCCAGCAUUGUACUGGUCGAUACACGCAUGCGACAGAAGAAGAUCGAGCGAGGAGAGAGAAGAAUGGAAGAUGCUACUCCAGAAGACCGUUUGCCACUGGCGAUGAUCGGUGGUGUUGGCUUUUCCAUCUGUAUGUUCUGGUUUGCGUGGUCGGCAAAUUACAACUCUGUGCCUUGGAUCGUUCCCACUAUUGCUGGAUGUUGUCUUACAAGUUGCAUGCUGCUUCUCUUCGUCGCAUACUUGAACUACCUGGUCGAUGUUUAUCUAAUGUUCGCUGCCUCCGCAAUCGCUGCCAAUACAAUCGUUCGAUCCGCCUGUGGUGCCGCGGCGCCCCUUUUCACGAACCAGAUGUUCACAGCGAUGGGAGUUGGCGGUGGAGGUAGUUUGAUUGGAGGUGUGGCUGGGCUACUGGCUCUCGUUCCCUUCUUGUUCUAUCGCUAUGGCAAGCAGAUCCGAACGAAGAGUAAGUUCGCACCAACACCGCCCCAGGCCCCCAAGAGAGAUGUGGAGAGCGCUCCGGAAGAAAAGCAAGAGCCCAGUCGGGUCCUUCAUCCUGAGUCUAGUAAUGAUACGAUCACGGAAAGUGGAGAUGUUGAGUAA